AAGCAGUUAUGCAACACACAACACAAAAAGCAAAGUGUCUCAUCGCAGCUGGGAAAAUCCAUGUCCAGCCCAGUCCGAGCCUUAUAAAAUGUCUCUAGCUGGGUGAAGACCUGAUGUGUCUGAACUGAACGAACCUGAGAGCUCUGUAAUCAUGAAGCUUAUUCUUGCUGUGCUGGUGCUGGUUUUGGUGGUCGAGACCCAGGCGCAAUGGUACCGGUACCCAGGACAAGCCAUUGGAGGUGCAAAGGACAUGUGGCGUGCUUACCGGGAUAUGAGGCAGGCCAACUGGAAACACUCAGACAAGUAUUUCCAUGCACGCGGGAACUAUGAUGCUGCAAGAAGGGGCCCCGGAGGCAGAUGGGCAGCCGAAGUGAUCAGUAAUGCAAGAGAGGGUGUGCAAGGACUGGGUAAUUCAGGCCGAGGUAAAGCGGAUUCUGAAGCUGACCAGAGAGCCAAUCGCUGGGGACGUAACGGUGGUGACCCCAACCGCUACAGACCGAAUGGCCUUCCCAAUAAGUACUGAAAAGAAGAUCAUCAGUGCAAAAGAAAAUGACUGAAAUCAUUUUGUUGUAAUACUGAUGAUUCAAUUUUGCAUUAAAAAACAUUUCACUUUUUUUUUUUACUACAUCUUGACAAUUAUCUUUAAUUAAAUAUGCAUUUAUGACAUGAAAAAUGCAAUCUUUAAGUUUUAGCAUCAUUCAGUCUAUGUAACACACUGUAGUGUCUGAAUAAAGAAAACAACUUCA